AUGCUUAUCUAUGUCUGCUCACCCUACGUUACAUCAAUACCUGAACUGAUGCAAUUUGGAAUGCGAUUGACGGCUAUGCCUUUACAUGACGCUACUAGAGACCUUAUACUCCUCAAUCAACAACGUCUAACAGAUGUUGAAGUGAAUCUUCAACUUGAAGCUAACAAUGAACAGCUAGAGACUAUGGCUAAAGAUUUGGAAGCUGAAAAGCAUAAAACUGAUCUGAUUCUCAAAGAUAUGCUCCCAUUAACAAUAGCUAAUCAGCUGAUGAACGGGGAACAUAUCGAAGCGCGUAGGCUUCGAGUUAUUCUUUCAGGUGAGUACGAACAAGCUACAGUAAUGUUCACCGACGUGCCAAAUUUCCAGUCAAUACUGCCACAUUCACAACCUAAGGACAUUGUGCUAAUGCUUAAUGAGCUAUUUCAUCGAUUUGACCGUUUGGUAGCCAUGCAUAAGGUUUACAAGGUAGAGACUGUUGGGGACAGCUAUCUGACAGUAGGAGGAAUUCCAGAACAACUGAGUGAGCACGCAGAAAUGAUCUGUCACGUG